AUGAGAGGUAACGAUGGAUUUUAUACACGUAAUGCGGAAGAAGCUCCUGAUCAUGUUAGAUUUAAAGGCAAGAUUAAAUUUGCCGACAAAAUUUUAGUGUGGUGUGCCAUUUCAGAAGCUGGUGUUUCACAGCUACAUGUUGGACGUGUUCGCGGUGAAGCUAUCAAUGCGGAGAUUUACAUUGAGAGAUGUCUUUCAAAACUUCGUAACUUUAUACAUACUCAUCAUCCCAAUGAUGAAGUGAUAUUUUGGCCCGAUCUAGCAUCGUGCCAUUACGCCAGGAGAACGACAGACUGGUUAGCUGCUCAAAAUAUAAAUUUUGUUUCUAAGCGCGACAACCCUCCAAAUGUGCCUCAGGCGAGGCCUAUAGAAGAGUUUUGGGCCCUUUUAAGUCGAAAAGUAUAUGAUAAUGGAUGGGAAGCCCAAAAUGAGGAGCAGUUAAGACGAAGAAUACUGCAAAAAAUUCCAGACUCUCGAUCCCCCGCAACAAACAGCGACGAAGAAUUGCCUUGUUUCUCUGAAAACACUUCAGGGCCAUCGGGAAUACCACCAAAAGUGGUUACAAACAAAGCCAAGAAACUUAAAUGUCGUCCCAUUAACAUCACCAGAGCAAGUUUGCGAGGUCGUGUUGAACAUUAUUUGAAAGAGCUUGAAAAUCUAAGUUUCGAUGAUGUUUUACCAUUUUUCACUUUAGAAGAAUCGUCAGACAAGGAACAGGUUUGUCAGUUUUUGAAAUCUCCUGGUAAACCAUUUAAAUAG